CAGUCUUGAAAUUUUCAAAGCGUUCUUUUGUUGUCGAUAAACAAAUACAAAUAAAGAGAGUUAUAUGUUGCGUUAAAAUAUGUAAAUGAUGGCAAAAUCGAAAGAAAAUAUGCAGAAAUCGAUUGCUUACAAAGAUGGACUGACUAAUGAUGAAAAACAGCGAUAUGAAGGGAAAUUAUCGAUUAUCGGUGGACUUGAUCCGUACGAAGAAAAAUUGAGUUGGACACAAGAUGUUAAUGUGUUGCCGACAAUAACGUAUCCAGACAUAGUGAAUUAUUUAUUAUUCACACCAAGCCCAUACACCAAGGAUGAUUUAAAAGCUUACAAGUCUUUAGAGGCUUACAACCAGUUUGUGUGCGGAUGGGUCCGUGAUAAAGUCGGGAUUGUACAUGGACAGCAUGUGAUUGUAAUGGCAAAGGUUCUCCACUCACAGAGAAUGCGGGAGAAGCCAUUAAGACCCUGGAUUAUCGCCACUAAAGACGGGAACAUUGUUUCUUGCCACUGCAACUGCAUGGCUGGACUGGGCGAGGCAUGUACACAUGUGGCGUCACUUCUAUUCGCCAUUGAAGCUACAGUUAAAGUACGUGACGCGAAAACUGUGACCGAGUCUAAGGCUUACUGGCUUUUGCCAUCAGAUUGCAAGUCUGUGUCAUAUCAGGAGGUGAGGGACAUUGACUUUGUGUCAGCAAAAACAGCAAAGAAGCAGUUAGAUCAAAAACUAGAAUCUUUGUGUGCCUCAACACCUGCUAUAUCAGAGACCCCACUCAAAAAGUCAAGAAAUGUGCCUGAAGCGACAGCAGAAGACUUUAUGGCUUUUGCCGAACAAUUGAGCAAAUUAAACUCUAAACCAGCCAUAUUAUCACUUGUUCCCCCCUUUGCCCAGAAGUAUGUGCCAAAGUCAGACACUGAUGAUUUCCCUACAGUGUUGACCGAACUUAAAAACGAGAAAGUAAUUGGAGCGUGUUAUACGGAUGUUUUGCAUGCUUGUGCCAACAUUGAAAUAAAGUGUUCUACCCAACAAGCCGCAAAUGUGGAAGAACAAACCAAAAAACAGGCGAAUUCAGUUAUGUGGCAUCGUUUUAGGGCAGGGCGGGUUACAGCGUCAAACGCAAAAGCUGUUGUAAAGACCAAUAAAUCUGACCCUUCGCAAAGCCUGGUGAAAUCGAUAUGCUACCCAGACUCAAAUGGCUUUACCUCUUUGGCGACAAAAUGGGGGCGCGACAAUGAAAAACGGGCACGAGAUGUGUUUAUGAAUGAAAUAGGACCAGUUCAUGAUAACAGCAUGAUAACGGACAGUGGUCUUGUGAUUAGUCAGACACACCCAUUUAUUGGGGCAUCGCCAGACGGCGUAUUCACGUGUGAUUGUUGCGGGGCUGCGUGCAUUGAAAUCAAAUGCCCAUACAGUAUACGCAGUGAAGUACUCAAUAGUGAGACAUGUGAUUUCUUAAAAGAGACAGAUGGACAACUUCAUUUAGACAAAAAUCAUCAGUACUAUUACCAGAUCCAGACGCAGAUGGGUGUGACUCGCAUGGAAAGGUGCUUUUUUGUUGUGUGGACGGAGAGAAACUGUCACAUAGAAGCAGUGAUGUUUGACGAGGGUUUGUGGCAGACUAUUUGUGAAGAAGCAGAAAAAUUCUUUAAAUCGGCAAUACUGCCAGAAUUAGUUGGGAAGUUUUACACGACAUUACCAGGAUCUGUCUUAAAGUCAGUUGAUGUGAACAAGAAAGUAGUGACUGACAGUCUAAAUUGUUACCCCACCAAUAUGAGUGAUGAAACUUUAUACUGUCUUUGUAGUCAGGUGGAACACGGUAAGAUGAUAGCGUGUGAUAACACUGAAUGUAAAAUUGAAUGGUUUCACUACAGGUGUGUUAAUAUAGAGAAACCACCAAAGGGCAAAUGGUACUGCCCUGACUGUCGCAGAUUACCGGCAUUCAAAAGGAAGCGGAUUGUGUAAUAAGUUGUAACCUACUGUAGGAGGAGUAUGGCAUUUAAACUUUAAGUGAUUUUGUAAGAAAAGUUCAUGUGUAAAUAUUUGUAAAUGCUGUUUUGUAUAUAUUUUGUAUAUAUAAUAUUACUGUUCAGUUGUCGAUUAAAAAAAUUCAAUAACUAUGAGGGAAAUUAAAACACAUUCAAUUAGAAGGGUUUAACUUGAUGUACUUUAUUAAAACCAUAACUGUUUUGCUCAUUACCUGUAUAUCAUUGUAUAUUUUGUAAAUGUUUUGUAUAUAUUGUAAGCUUUCAAGAUUAAUAAAAUGUACAUAUAUUGUAUACAUCACUGAUGAUCUAAUGAGACGCGGACGCGUUCUGAGCAAACUGGGCUUUAUGCAUGUACUUAAAGUGUCGUCUCAGAUCAGACUGUUCAGUCUGCACAGGCUUAUUCGCGAAGGCCUUUUUCUAAUUUAUGACAGUUGCUGUUAAAAUGAAGUCUCUUCUUAGCAAACAUCCAAUUGAGGAAGACAGUGUCAUCCCUUAUUCGCCAGUGCAGACUGCACAGGCUAAUCUGGGGCGACACUACGCACAUGCACUAUACCUAGUUUUCUCAGAACAUGACUCAAAUAAUAAGAUAGUACAAUCAAACAUUAGAGCAAUAUUCUAAAACAUGUUUGAAACCUCAAUAUCGGAUAUUGUACAAUGUACAGUACACGUUUCCUGAAUUAAUUGCAAUAAUGUUUACUAACAUGAUUUGGGUUGAAUAUUUGCCACACAUUUAUAUGUACAGUAUUUAUUUAUGAAAAAUUGAUUCGGUUAAACCUCUAAAUAUUAAAAUCUUUGUUGCUCU